AUGGGGAGGUUAUUUUUGGUGGAUCUUGAAGGCAAAACUGUUAACUGCAAAAUCUGCAAAACCCAACUUGCCCUUACUAAUAACCUUAUGUCAAAGGAUUUUAUUUGCCACAAGGAAAAAGCAUACUUGUUCAGAAAUGUGGUAAAUAUAACUUUUGGACCUAAUGAGGAGAAAAUGAUACUUUCUGAAAUGCACACAAUUGCAGAUAUAUUUUGUUGUUGUUGUGGGCAAAUUGUUGGCUGGAAAUAUGUGGCAACCCCAUAUGGCAAUAAUCACAAGUGUAAAGAAGGGAAUUUUGUCCUUGAAAAAGGACAUAUUUUCUUUGUUCAAGCAUGA